GCUCAGGAGGUACAUGGUGCUGGUGAAAUUCCAGUGGAGGCUUUUGUGUCCAGUAUGACUGGGAUGCAGAGGGCCUUAGAGCAGUUGCUAGUCUUCCAGCAGCAGCAGGCUGCUCAGGGUGCAGGAAGUCGUGCUAGUGGGUCCGGUAUCAAGAAUCCGGAUGAUGUCCCUAUGUCUGAGUAUACCAAGUUAAGACCUGUGGAGUUUGAUGGGACAGCUGGAGACCCUUUGGACUUUUUGGAUGAGGUUGAAAAGAGGGCGUCUGAUUUGCACUAUUCUGACAGGAGGACCAUCGAGAUGGCCGGGUUUUCCUUGAAGGGAAUAGCAUCCCAGUGGUUUAGAGAUUAUAUCCGCCCCUUUCUGGAUGGGUUGUCGUGGAGGCAAUUCAGAGACAGAUUCGAAGAGUACUUCAUCCCUUUCAGUGUAAGGCAGGAGUACAGGGAGAGGUUUGAAAGGUUAGUUAAGGGAGAAUCAUCUGUGGCUGAAUACACGGGCAAUUUGUUCAAAUUGAGUAGGGAGAAACAAGUGACUUUUCGAAUUCCCCGGAGACUCGAGUUCUAUUUUAAAGGUGAGCAGAUACCUUCUCCCUCGAACCUCGUGUCAGUGAUUGCAGCUAGGCGGAUGCUUCGCCGUGGAUGUCAGGGAUAUUUGGCUUUGGUUAGGGAUACCUCUGCAAGGAAAGGUUGCGUCGAAGACGUUCCGGUGGUUUGCGAGUUUCUUGAUGUGUUUCCAGAAAAACUACCUGGAUUACCGCCCAAUAGAGAGAUAGAAUUCUGUAUCGACGUGAUACCGGAAGAAGGAUGGUACCUUGCGUCUUUGCAUCGACCGAUUCAUAAUCGGUAUCCGCUUCCUCACAUCGAUGACCUAUUCGAUCAGCUUCAGGGAGCUGUGUAUUUCUCCAAGAUUGAUCUACGAUCGGGGUAUCACCAGUUAAGGAUCCGUGGUGAAGAUGUGCCAAAGACGGUGUUCAGGACGUGUUAUGGGCAUUAUGAGUUUCUGGUGAUGUCGUUUGGACUCACUAAUGCCCCGGCGGCUUUUAUGGAUUUGAUGAAUCGAGUGUUCAAGGAAUUUUUGGAUCGUUUUGUCAUCGUAUUCAUUGAUGAUAUCUUGGUUUAUUCCAAAAGCGAAGAGGAGCACGCGUGGCACUUGAGGAUAGUACUUGGGACUUUGAGGGAACAUCAAUUGUACGCUAAGUUCUCCAAGUGCGAGUUCACGGUUGGAAAGCGUUGCUUUCUAGGGCACAUAGUGUCUAAAGAGGGUAUUCAAGUGGACCCUAAGAAAGUGGAGGCGGUGUUGAAUGGCGGAGGCUAA